GUGGUAAGUGAAGGGAACGACAUCAACGAUGGAGGAGGAUGGCAUUGUCGUCCGCGAGAUAUCAACAAUCGCUCGGGAUGACAUCUCUGGAGAGAUCGAUCAUGAAGGAUCUGUAACGAAAUCAUCGUUCCAACAAAAACCUAAUUCGAAUCCAACCACCGAAGCAGAGAACACUAGGAAAAAGCCGUCCAUACGACACGCCGAAAAGCGGCGGACCUCGACCUGCCGAUUCGCGGAUCGUGUUGCGCAGCUCUCGGUCGAUCACUACAAACGCACGGUGCCCGCUGACAGGCGCCCGGCGCAGACCUGCAUCGCUACGAUUGUGGCCCAUUGUCGGAAACACAACGGAGGCCGCGAUGCCGGAGAGGAGCACGAGGACGGAGUCGAUGUCAAUGGCACCGGGACAGGUGAGGCCGACGUGUUGUGGGUUCUAGCAAUGGGGAUAGGAACCAAGUUCCUGCCGGAAUCGCGACUGCAACGAGAAAGGGAAAACGAAGGGCAGGAAGGCUACGGUUCACGGGUUCGAGAUAUGCAUGCCGAGGUUCUGGCUCGGCGAGCCUUUCGACGACAAUUGACACUAGAAAUCCAGGAGGAUCUCAGGCUGCCAGCAGAAGAGCACGAACGACAGAAGGAAAGACCGUCCAAUCGUGUCUUGGUUCGAUCGGAGGACAAUUCUUCCACGGUGUGUUACAGGAUACGACCGGGUGUAACAGUACACAUGUACUCCAGUUCGGCUCCAUGUGGGAACGCUACACUGAAAAGGUUUUGCAAAAUGUCUAAGGAAAAAUUUCGAGACGAUCUAGGACCCGAUGAAUGGCCUAGCGAUGCACAUGACCCACCAUCUGGGCACAGUAUCAAGCUCGGCGAAUUUUCUUUGCUUGUGAAACAAGAUAGCAGCAGCAGCAGCAAUCCGCAAACAAAUGAAGCCACAAGCAACAGCACGACGAAUAGUGAGGAAAAGAACAAGAAUACUUCCUCGAAAAUGGAUGCAAAUAUGGAUUAUGGCAGCAAGCCAAAACGAACGAGACUCGCGGGAGAUCGGCCGCCAGCCUUGCGGACCAAUAUUUCCAAAGCAUCAGCAACUUCACAGGGGCGAAAAACAGUCAGCCGAAGAGCAAAGCCAUGGCCAGCAACUCUUUCGGACGACUGGACUCCCCCUGGAACCACCAUUGUUGGGUUUCGACACAAGGGAUCAAUCCACACCUGCUCUGACAAAAUUUGUCGCUGGAACUAUUUGGGAAUGCAGGGAUCACUCCUCGCUAGUCUUAUGGAAGAACCCAUCUAUAUGUCGACCCUGACGGUCGGUAGGAAGCUCUCGGGACCUGUCUGCCGACGCGCUGUUUGUUGUCGACUCGAUACACGUUGCCGACAACCGAACCUCGCUAUUCCCUUGAACAACAGCAUCCCACUCACUGGCCGCACGAACUCCAACAAAAUUCAAUACCGUGUGAACCAUCCUGCUAUUAUGGGGACCUCGGUCUAUUUGGACACGGGCGUGGUCGACACUAGCAACGUUGAAGAAAGAGGCCAGGAUGUUCGAUUCCAUUCCUCCUUUGUUUGGGCUUGGUGGGCUGGAUCAUCUCAGUGCGGUGUUAACAGCAACAAAAUACCAAAUACUGAUUGCUAUGGAAUAUUAGAAUGUAUCGAGAGUUCCAGUGGACUUCUUGCGGACUUGUCGGCAGAAGUAACCGCGGAAAACGACAUUGACAAAGGCAUACGUAGCACUACUAGUGUCCCACAAGUGAGCACCAAAUCACUGACAUCUGCUUUCUUACAAGUGUUUCAGGAGGCAUCGGGGAAUGGAAGUUAUACCAAAAAUACUGCUGGCUAUGCUAGUAGUGCAGCUAGCUACGAGAAUAGCAACGACACGAAGUUGACGCCGGAAGGGGUCACUCCCGAAUCAUGGGAAAAUGAUACAAAUACCCUCAACACACUUCGAAGCGUAAAGAAAAGGUUUUCACCCAUCCACGAAGAAGUCAAGGAUCGUUUGUUUGCAGAGCACAGAGUCCUUUCACAGUGGCGAAGAAGGUGCUACCAGGAUAUAUGCACUGAAGCAAUCAAUACUAUGAGCUCUUGAACAAGACAAAAAGAUUGAUUCGGGGUUUCCGAUACGCUUGCAUAGAUAUUUUUCAGCAAAAGAAUACUGUAUUGGUCGUAUUUUGUUGAUGUUUGGGAUAAAAAAGAAAGCAUUGU